CAACGUACUCGCAUCAGUGAACGAGCACUUCGCUUUAUACCAUUGCAUCCUACAAGAGCUACGAUAGCACUGUUUUAAAGAGUUGCUUCCAAUUAAUAUGCUUGUGGGAGCUCUGGAUGUCGUUAAAUCAUACUUGCCGGACUGGCCGGAAUGGGCGUUGGAUAUUCUUUUACUGAUGACUGGCUUACUGAUUGCUACCGGCAUCAUAUCGACGCUCUACGUUCCCGACGAAGAGAAAGAAGACAAGGAAUAUGUGCAAAAACACCCGGCAGAUGCUGCACAGGUCUCGAACCGGAAGCCUGCAGCUCACUGGUGUAGAUUUACCGUUGUCGAGCUAAAGCAAGAGCUGCGCGAGCGUGGACUUCGUGUCAGCGGUCUCAAGCAUGAGCUUGUCGAUCGCCUAGCCGAAUUUGAAGCAAUGUCCCCGGCGCGACAAAAAGGACAGGUCGAAGAGACAAAACUGCAUCAUCACGAGCUGCUGACCGAGUUUCACGGCUUUCGCACCAUGUACGUGACGGUGUAUGCUGUCAUAAUGCUGGCAGAUUGGAUGCAGGGAACGCACAUGUACACGCUAUACAUGUCUUAUGGAGUCAACGUUUCUGCUCUAUUUUUGACUGGGUUUUUGAGCGGAGGUAUUUUUGCGCCCUUUCUUGGUUCUUUCGUAGACAAGUUUGGUCGCAAACGAUCUUGUAUUGUCUACUGUGUUUUGGAAAUCCUUAUAAAUGUCAUGGAGGGUUUCGACAAUUUUACAAUUCUUCUGGUGGGGCGUGUUAUGGGGGGUGUCAGCACGAACCUCUUGUUCUCGGCCUUUGAAAGUUGGAUGACAACGGAGCACAGAAAGCGGGGAUACCCCGACGAGUGGCUUUCGCGAACCUACUCUCAGUGCUCAAUUGUUAAUGGGAGCACUGCUGUUAUGGCUGGCAUUGUCGCUCAGGUAUUGGAGGAUUUUCUCGGACAAAUUGGACCCUUCCACGGUGCUGUGGGCCUAACCACUUUGGCUCUUUUGCUAAUUCUGGGUUGGGAGGAAAAUUAUGGCGAGGAACAAAGAGGAGAUCACGAAAAAUCGAGUUUGACACACCAAUUUAUUGAGGGUUGGAAAACAACGAUUUCUAAUUCGAAUGUCUGGCGCAUUGGCUUGACACAGGCGCUCUCCGAGGGAGCCAUGUAUACCUUCGUUUUCAUGUGGGUUCCGACUCUUUUGUCGUUAGAUCCACCUGGCGGUGUACCGACAGGGUGUGUCUUUUCGGCUCUAAUGAUGUCGAUAACAAUUGGCGGCCUUUUAUUUCCUCUGCUGCAGGCCGGAAUCAACGCGUUUGUCCCCAAAGACAGUUCGUCGGAAUUGUGCGCAUCCUUCGUGUACCUUCUUGCUAGUGCUAGUAUGGCAAUUCCGGUUCUGUGCCUGUCCGCCAUUGAAACACCCGGAGGCCUAAAUUGCCAGCAAAUGGUCAUUGGUAGCUUUCUGAUCGUCGAGUUUUGCGUUGGGCUGUUCAUGCCUGUGGCUGGAACUCUUCGAUCGAAGUAUGUUCCAGAUGCCCUGCAAGGUGCCAUUCUCAAUAUUUUCCGUCUUCCUUUGAACGCUGUUGUUGUUUCGGGCACUUACGCCACAAAUGCUACGAUGAUCACAUCAAUACCAAAGCCCCUGAGCAAAUCAAAGACAGAAUAG